GGCUCCCAGCGGCCGCGGUUAUGUAAGGGGCACCCGCGUGCGAACCGGGAGCGUGUGAGCCACCCCGCAAACCUCCCCCGCCCCCGCGGGCCACCGGCCCCAGCCAAAGGACAGGGCCGAGGAGGAGGGGGGGCACCGGCGCGGGCACACAGUCCCGGCACGCGAAGCUCCUCCGUGCGUGAACAGCACCCGGCCCGCCAGGUGGCCACUGGCCCAGGAACGCUCUCCCCUUGCUGCGAGACAACACGGACCGAGCCGCCGGCUGAGGCGAGGGAAGGGACGCGAGGGGUAGCGGAGGGCGCGGGUCCUAAAGCCUGCAGCAGAGUUGAAGAGCACCUGGAAACUGGAUGGGUAGCAACAGGCACAAAACUGCCAGCAGAGCUGCUCUUCCUCUUGUGCUUAGAGAAAUCUAGCUGGUACCUCCCUGAGCAGAAGAGGUGAGCUGGACUGAAACAGCAGCCUGGACUCGAGGUUCCCAAAUGGCUGACCCUUUCCUAUAUGAUACUGGAGAAAGAUCCAAAUAUGGGUGCCUUGGACACGAAGUACAGAUUGAGCACAUCAAGGCAUAUGUUUGCAGACCAUCUUUUUUCACAGACAAAGCUGUGAUUGUGGUUCAUGACAUAUUUGGAUGGCAGUUCCCAGACAUCAGAUACAUAGUUGAUUUGAUUGCAGGGCAUGGAUACAUAACCAUCUGCCCAGACUUCUUUAAGGGGACAGAUCCCUGGAAAACUACUGACCACUGGGCUGACUUUGCUGACUGGAUGAAACAUCAUGAUCCUAUGAAAGUAGACAAGGAAGCUGGUGUUGUCUUGCAGUACCUGCAGGAGCAGUGUGGUGCAAAGAAGAUUGGUGUUGUUGGCUUCUCCUGGGGUGGAAUGGCAGUACAUCACUUGAUGCUGACCGACCCUCGAUUAGCCGCUGGGGUCUCCCUCUACGGCAUAAUUAGAGACUCUGAAGAAAGAUACAAUCUACUAAACCCCACGUUUUUCAUUUUUGGUGAGAAGGACCACACUAUUUCUUUGAAUCAGAUCACCUUACUGGAUGAGAAACUGAAUCAAUAUUGUAAAGUUGCAUAUAAAAUUAAAGUUUAUCCUGGGCAAGUUCAUGGCUUUGCACAGUUGAAGCCAGAAGACAUGAAACCUGAUGAUAAACCUUAUAUUGAAGAGGCUAGAAAGGAUAUGAUGGAUUGGAUCAAACUGUUCAUUUGACAGAAGCACAAAGCAGCCCAAGGCUUCAGUGACUGAGUUUCAGAGAAGAUAGGAAGAACUGCCUCAAAGUUGUCAUAAAGAAGAAUAGGAACCUUUUAAUUUAUAGCUGCUAAUUAUUUUCACAAGUGUUACAGAAGACUGUACAAUGGAAGGUGGACUAAAGAAUGAUUAGGCAUUAAAAAAAUGGCUUGGACUUGU